AUGGUCAAACCCCUGACCUUCAAAGGCGACAAGCCCAAAAAACGCAAACACCGCGACCUCUCCGACCCAGACAAAUCAUCCUCCAAAACUCUCAAAACCGAUGACUCCCCCUCCUCCGCUGCACCCGCCAAGACCACCGCUGAGAACGACGAGCCCGAAGACCAGAGCUGGGUCUCCGCCGACGCACCGAGCGAUAUCGCCGGCCCGGUCGUGCUAGUCCUCGCGUCAGACAAACCCACCUGCAUCGCCAGCGACGCGAACGGAACCGUUUUCGCGAGCGCGCUGGAGAAUCUCAUUGCGGAUGACCCCGGCACGGCGGAGCCGCAUGAUGUGCGCCAGGUAUGGGUUGCGACGCGCGUGGCGGGGACGGAGAGUUUUAGUUUCAAGGGGCAUCAUGGGAAGGUGGCUGGCAGAUACCUCAGCAGUGACAAUUACGGUAUCCUAAGCGCCACCGCAUCAGCAGUAUCGCACUACGAGUCCUUCCUCGCGAUCCCAUCACCAGACCUGCCCGGGACAUUCUCAGUGCAAACGCGCGGCGGUGAUUCGGAGACAUUUCUCAGCGUGAAAGAGUCCGCGAAAGGCGUCGAGAUCCGCGGGGACGCGAACGCACUUUCGUUCGACACGACGGUGCGCAUUCGGAUGCAGGCACGGUUUAAGCCGAAGCUCCGCGCGUCGAAGGAGUCCAAGGCCUAUGAAAAGAUUAGCCGCAAGGAGUUGGAGGGGAUUGUGGGGAGGAAACUUGAUGAUGGAGAUGUGAAACGGUUGAGGAGGGCGAGGAAGGAGGGCAAUUUUCAUGAAGAGGUGUUGGAUGUUAGGGUCAAGGGAAAGCAUGAUAAGUUUGCUUGA